AUAACUCGGCAAAAAAAAAGGAAGAAAAAAAUAUCUCGCACCUCCACGCACCACCGCAUCUCCGCCUAGGGUUUCCUCCUCUCCAAGCUUCGCCGCCGCCCGCCGCCGCCGCCGACAUGGGGUCUAGCGACGAGGCCGGCUCCUCCAAGCACCACCGCCGCGACAAGGAGAAGGACCGCGAGCGGUCCUCCUCCCGCCACCACCGCGACCGCGACCGCGAGAGAUCCUCCUCUCGCCACCACCACCGCGAGGACCGGGAUGACGACCGGGAUCGGGACCGGGACCGGGAGCGCCGCCACAGGGAGAAGGAGCGGGAUCGCGAGGAGCGGAAGGCGCGGGAGCGGGAGGAGCGGGAGAAGGAGAAGGAGAGGGAGCGUGCGCGGCGGCGCGAGGAGAGGGACCGCGAGGAGAGGUCGAGGAGGCGGGAGGCGGCGGCGGAGGAGGAGGAGGAGGAUGUGGACCGCGACCGCAAGCGCCGCCGCCGGUCGUCGCACCACCACCACCACCACCGCGACGCGGAGCCGGAGGGGCCGGCUUCGGGGGCCAGGGAGGAGGAGGUGGUGGAUGUGGAGGAGGCCGAGAGGCGGCGCCAGAAGAAGAAGGAGGAGGAGCAGAAGCAGCUGGACGAAGAGAUGGAGACGCGGCGCCGCCGCAUCAAGGAGUGGCAGGAGAUGAAGCGCCGCGAGGAGGAGACGAAGCGCCGCGAGCAGGAGGAGGCCGGAGUUGGCACCUCAGCCGCCGCCGCCGCGGCCCCCGCAGAAGCAGAAGAUGGCGGCAAUGCCGGGAAGAAGUGGACCUUGGAUGGCGAGGAGUCUGAUGAGGAGGGGAACCAAGAGGAUGGUAAGAAAUCCGAUGAUAAUGGUGGUUCUGGUGCCGGUGCCAUGGACGUUGAUGUUCCAAAUGGGGGUGAUAAUGCAAACGGCGCCAAUGCUAUGGAUGAAGAUGAGAUUGAUCCGCUUGAUGCGUUCAUGAACUCGAUGGUAUUGCCUGAGGUCGCAAAGCUUGAGAGCAUGCCUGCUGCCAAUGUGGAUGACAAGAAUGAUAAGAGUGCUAAGGAUGCUGUGACUAAUGGGGAUAAAAAGGGGCCAAAGAAGGUGAUGGGGAGAAUUAUACAAGGAGAAGACUCAGACUCGGAUUAUGCAGAUGACGAGGAUGAUGAGGGUGGUUCCGAAGAUGAGGAUGAUGAGGAGUUCAUGAAACGUGUCAAGAAGACAAAGGCAGAAAAGUUGGCUAUUGUUGACCAUUCUAAGAUCGACUACCAGCCGUUCCGGAAGAAUUUCUACAUUGAGGUGAAGGAUAUUACAAAGAUGGCAGCUGAGGAAGUGGCAGCUUAUCGGAAGCAGUUGGAGCUCAAGGUGCAUGGGAAAGAUGUACCCAAGCCAAUAAAGACAUGGGUGCAGAGUGGGCUUACCAGCAAGCUCCUUGAUACAAUCAAGAAACUUGGUUUCGAGAAACCGAUGUCUAUACAGGCACAAGCACUGCCGAUCAUAAUGAGUGGGCGUGAUUGUAUAGGAAUUGCAAAGACUGGAUCAGGCAAGACUCUAGCAUUUGUCCUGCCUAUGCUGAGGCAUGUCAAAGAUCAGCCGGCUGUUGUUCCUGGAGAUGGCCCAAUUGGGCUUAUAAUGGCUCCUACUAGAGAGCUUGUGGUGCAGAUACAUUCAGACAUUAAGAAGUUUUCGAAGGCGCUUGGCAUCAACUGUGUUGCUAUCUAUGGAGGUUCUGGAGUUGCCCAGCAGAUCAGUGAACUGAAGAGGGGUGCUGAAAUUGUUGUUUGUACACCAGGCAGGAUGAUUGAUAUUCUUUGCACAAGCAGUGGGAAGAUUACUAAUCUUCGGAGAGUUACAUUCUUGGUGAUGGAUGAAGCUGAUAGGAUGUUUGAUAUGGGUUUUGAGCCUCAGAUUACUCGGAUAGUUCAGAAUACUCGUCCAGAUAGGCAGACAGUUCUUUUCUCAGCCACUUUUCCACGUCAGGUGGAGAUACUGGCCCGUAAGGUGCUGACAAAGCCUGUUGAGAUCCAGGUGGGUGGGAGGAGUGUCGUCAACAAAGAUAUCACACAACUGGUUGAGGUGCGGCCAGAAAAUGAGAGGUUCUUUAGGCUGUUGGAGCUGCUUGGAGAGUGGUUUGAUAAAGGUAAAAUUCUUGUUUUUGUCCAUUCACAAGAUAAAUGUGAUUCUCUACUCAAAGACCUGUUCCAGCAUGGAUAUCCAUGCCUAUCCCUGCAUGGUGGGAAAGACCAGACUGACCGUGAAUCAACACUAGCUGAUUUCAAGAGCAAUGUGUGCAGCUUGCUGAUUGCUACCAGUGUUGCUGCUAGGGGUUUAGAUGUCAAGGAGCUUGAGCUUGUUGUGAAUUAUGAUGUCCCGAACCACUAUGAGGAUUAUGUUCAUCGUGUUGGACGAACUGGACGUGCUGGGAGGAAGGGAUUUGCCGUGACUUUUAUUUCUGAGGAAGAGGAGCGUUAUGCUCCAGACCUUGUUAAAGCUUUGGAGCUCUCAGAGCAGGCUGUUCCAGAGGACCUGAAAGGUCUAGCUGAUCGUUUUAUGGCAAAGGUGAAGCAGGGAACAGAGCAGGCCCAUGGAACAGGAUAUGGUGGAAGCGGUUUCAAGUUCAAUGAAGAGGAGGAUGAAGCACGGAAAUCUGCAAAGAAGGCUCAGGCAAGGGAAUAUGGUUAUGAGGAGGACAAGUCAGAUUCAGAUUCUGAUGAGGAAGGAGGGGUUCGUAAGGCGGGAGGUGACCUUGCGGCACAAGCUAUUGCUGCUGCUCAAGCUGCUGCUGCUAUGGUUGCAGCAAAGGCUGCUAGCAAUGCCAACCAGCAAACACAAGGCACUUCUGUAGGGCCCUUGCUUCCUCUAGCCAUUGCUUCAAACACACAGAAUAACGAGGCCACAGCACGUGCACUGCAGGCUGCAUUUAACAUACAGCAAAAUCUGGCAAGGAUACAAGCACAUGCAGUCCCAGAACAUUAUGAGGCUGAGCUUGAGAUUAAUGAUUUCCCACAAAAUGCCCGCUGGAAGAUCACUCACAAAGAAACAUUGGGUCCUAUCCAGGAAUGGACGGGUGCUGCAAUCACUACAAGGGGAACCUUUUUUCCUCAAGGAAAAAUUGUUGGUGCUAAUGAACGCAAGCUGUACCUGUUCAUAGAGGGCCCCACUGAGCUAUCUGUCAAGAAGGCGAAAGCAGAAUUGAAGCGUGUCCUUGAAGAUUGUGCCAACCAUGCUCUGAACCUUCCUGGUUCUGCCCAAACUGGAAAGUACUCUGUUAUUUGAGGGGCGGAACAGAUGUAGGGAUUUUCUUGACAAGUGCAGCUUUCAUGGGUUUGCAGACCACAGUGCUAUUCUUGGAUUGGUUCUUCCAUAUGCGCGGCUCAUAUUUUAAAUCUUAGCUAUCGUGCAUGGCAGCUAAUGCUUACUUUUAAACUUAUUAUUGCAUGAUUAUUGUGGAGAUUGUCUAAUCUAGAAUGUUUUGACAAUUUCUGUAGCUACUAUUAACAGUGGUGGUAGCUUGCUGUUAACACAGGAUGUGUUCCAGGCAGUCUGUUGUGAACACUGUUAUGUGAACAUAGCUCUCAAGCUAUGUUACAUUGUUCACCCCGAGCACUAAUGGGGCAUGCUAAAUGCAAGAGAAGGUGCUGAGCUUUCUAGUGCAAUUUUGGAAGUGCUUGUUGGCUUUUGAUGCUAUAAACCUAAUAACUUGUCUUAUAUUCUUGCUUUGAAUAAAUCGGUGCGGUGGCACCAUUUCAGUGACAUAAUGGAAUAAGUGUUUGAUCGGCAUUUAAAUAAUGCAGGUUUAUGCUUUUCGUUUGCUCACUUGGAUGCUAUAAACAGGAAUUGGUAGUUCACAUGGGGUAUUAACGUUUUUUUCUGACUGCUACUUGUAUGAUCUGAUUCAAGCCUUUCAUGUGUUUAAAAAGGUGCCGUGAUGGUUCUUGUUUUGGUCUUCAGAUACACUUUACUGAUCCAGGUGCGGUGGACGAUGGUGCAGCUGCUGUUGAAGGAUGAGGCUGCCUCCGCGUAUUAUCUUCCCUUUACAUAAGAGUUCUUUAUCUGUGUCUCCUCUUUGCUUGGAGUGAGAUGCAGUUAUUAUAAGCUUAUAUAACUAAUAUCAUCAUCGUCAUGUAGAUUGCUGCUGCUCCUGUUGAGUUACAUUUGUGAAAAUGGUAGUGAUGCUAGAAUGUGACCUAGCACAGGAUACAGAGUUUGCUCUUCUUACCUUUUUCCUCUUGAGCCCAUGCUGAUACUUUCUGCUGCCCACUUUUCCCUCUUCAUUUUGGUAGAGAGCCUCCUGCAUAAUAUAAUAUACUACUAAUCUAUUGCAUUGCAUUGUGCAGAAGAUAGCACAACAGGUAGCAGGUAUGUGCAGGUAAAGAAACUAGAGGGCUUCUUGAUUUGUUUUCCCUUUUUUCUCCCCCUGCAUGUCUAGGUGGUACCCUAUGCAGAGUCUGACUCUGGCUUUAAGCAGUUGUGCAAUCAGAGCCAUGGCAUUGCCGCAUCGUAAUCUGCAGCUCUGGGAAGCUGGUGUUGCCUGGAGAGUGGGCUGGCUAUGGCGAUGUAUUUACAUUGUGUAAUUAUCACCUUUGUACUGGAAUUAUCAGAGACGUGGGUGAGCAGGAGAGAUGUGUUAACGAUCCAUUAGGAAAGCCAAAUGCUCUUCAGACAUUUUUUUCCCAGUUCCGCUCCUACAGCAACCUCUAUAGUCAUAUCCUGCUCAUUGCCAGAUUAUAAUGUGUUGAUGAAACAUCUUGUUUAUCUGGGUGAAACUGAGGGAACGUGGUCCCUAAAUUCUCAUCUA